CCUAAGCUGCGCAGGAAGCUCUGCGGGGUUUGGUGCUCCGACCUAUACCUGUUCAGGGAGUUGUACUGCCCUUCACGGAUGAUCUAAACACGCGCCGUGCACUAUGACGCACUGUUUGCACUUUUUUUUUUUUUUUUUUUACAACAAGAAAAGAGUUUUAAAAACGGGCUCACAGACAGCUCUUGGUGACAUGUUUUCUGCAUUUUUGAUGUAAUUGGAAGCACUGCAUUCGGGAUUAUGUCAACGGCGGUGUUUCGUGGAGCGACUAGAAUGAACAUGUAUCCUCAAGUAUAGUAUUAAAAGCAGACAGACACGAUGGAUAAUCGACGAAAAAGGAAGCUGACAUUCGUAACCAUUGGGCUUAUAUUUCUCCUAAGCGGUGUGGAAUAUGCGGUAAUAUUGCCCACAAUAUGGAAGUAUUUGCAGACAUUGGAUGCAGCUCCCUACUUUCUAGGUUUGGCCCUGUCGGCGUUCAGCUUGAGCGGCCUCCUGACAGGACCGCUGUUUGGCCACUGGUCCGACCGAACACGGAGCACCAAGAAGAUCAUCUUAUUUGCCAACUGUUUUGAGAUAAUUGGUAAUUUCAUGUACUUUAUGGGCUACUCCAAGUGGCUGUUACUGUCAAGCAGACUGGUGGCAGGCAUCGGCACAGGUGCUGGAUCAUCUAUCUUUGGCUUUUUGACCCGAAGCACUUCUCCUGAGGACCGCGCCACUGCAUUUGCUGCUGUCAUGGCAUGUCGACAAGCUGGCCUUCUGAUUGGUCCAGCAUUUAACAUCUUCCUGAGGCUGUGUGAUUUCCACCUGGGUUCUUUUGUGAUCAAUAAAUAUACUGCGCCAGGGUUGUUCAUGUGCCUGCUCUGGACUCUCCUUCAAGUGGCGGUGAUCUGCAUGUACUGGGACCUACCGCCUCUAGAGAAGGGGAAGGCCAAGGAGAGUCUGACAGGCCAGAGCAGGGAGGAGGAGAAUGAUGGAGGGCGUGUGGAAGAGGACAAUGACGAGGAAAAGCCUCUAAUGAGGUCGCAGGAGCUGGGGGGGUCCUACGGCUCAGUUGUGACACCCAACCCAACCGGAUACGACUCCUGUGCUGCCUCAAAUGCCACGUUGAAUCAUAUCUCUCCUCCUCCCUCUCCCGUGCCAGCAGAGUCCCAUGAGGCUUCCAGCACCUUUAAGAAAUUCAGCAUAUCCCGAGAAUUCCUGAGAGAAGAAGUGGUCGUGCUGCUGGCUGCUCAGUUCAUCACCCUCUUCAAUCAGACGGCGUUGGAGACCAUGGUGACUCCGCUGACCCAGAAGUACUUCAACUACGGGGAGCUGGAGAACAGCGUGAUGUACUGUCUGUGCGGUGUGGAGGUGAUCGCUGGCUUCCUGUUUGUGCGCUGGCUGAGCCAGCGUGUUGCUGAGCGAGUGGUCCUGGCCAUCGGUCUGGCCAUUUGCAACAUCUCUGGUGUCUGGUGCCUCAUCUUCUUGGCUAACCCGCUAGGCGGUUUCCCAUGGCAGCUGACCGAGUUCGUCAUUGGGGUGUUUCUGCAGGUUUUGGGUUUGCCAUUUGUAGCCGUAGCUCAGGUUUCCCUCUUCUCCAAAAUUACUUCUGAGAAAACACAAGGUUUCAGUCAGGGAGUGCGUCGCUCAGUGGGAGGACUAGCUACCAUCCUGGGCCCUCUGUGGGCUGGGGGCCUUACAGAUAACUUGUAUAUCAUGAUGGGGGUCAUGAUGACACUGCUGGCACUGCUAACGGUGAUGCUGGCUUUCUCCUACGACCGGCUAGUUGCACCUGCUACAGAGGAGCAAGUGGAGGACUCUGAAAACUGUGGCUGAUGCCAUUGGAUGCAAUAAAAAUGGAUAUGGAAGGUAGCUUUUUACGAACAUAAUAUAUGUAGUAAAAUAAGACAUUGAAUUAUGUAUGUGUAUUCAAAGACAUACAAUAAGAACUGUAUUUUAUUAAUGCAAGACAAUUUUUGUUCUUUCAUGCAUACAUAAUCUGAGUCGGUAACGAUCAAAAUGUUCACUGGGAAUUUUGGACCCCUUUUUUUUUUUGUAAUAAUAAAUUGAUAUAUUCCACGUUUUUGGUUUGACCGGCAAAAAAAAUAUUUUGUCAGAUAAUUUCCAGACUCUAAAAAGCAGCCUUAGAGUCCCUCCACAGUUUCACUUACCGCAUUUGGACCAGCAUUCAGGGUGAUAACACCCACACACCAACAUAACACACCUCACUUCAGCUUGAGGGCUUACCUAAAACUUGGACUGCUCAGAUUUGUCUGCCGAGGUUAAUCAAAACACUCAUAUGGUGUAUAUUUAUAUUUCCCAUGGAAAUAUGGAAUCCUGCUGAAUGUGAAAGCUUUGGAUGAAAAACAUUUUCAUCUUUUUGUUUUGUGCACCAGUACUACAUUUAGUCGAUAACACUCUGCCGUUAAUGGACAUGCCAAAUGUUUGUGGAUUUUGGAGACCUGUGUCCUUGAGCUGUAUGCAAAUAAAUAAGCUGUUUAGCUAUGAUGAGGAAAAAGGCAUUUCCAAUAUUUAUCAAGCUCACGGAAUAGUUUCGGAUGGAUGAAACUACCAAAAGUGUUAUAUGUGUAAAGUGUUUGUUGGAAUGUAGAAAAAAAACAGGCUUUUAUUAAAAUACAUAUAGUUUAGAGCAAUAUUUUACUUGCUGAUGCAUCAGAAGGAAUUUAACCUUGACAACAUAUAAUUUCAAUCCACUACUUUACUCAUUAUAUAAAUUCCAUUACCUCUGAUAGAAUGAAGGGCACAUGAAAGAGAAAUAUUUGAAAGGAUGUUUUAUUUUCCUGAAAGUCUUUAUUCAUAUAACUGUUGAAUUAUGUGCUUUGUUAAUAAAUACUUAUAGAAAGGCCCCUACCAUUGAAGCAGUUUGAUGAGUCACUGUCUAAAAGAACUUCGAACACUUACAUAAAAGGACUGAAUUAAUUCGCGUUUUAACUAUUUGUCUUAUUUAACCUAUAGUCUUUAUCAUCCCAUAAUGAUGAAAAUGAUGCAUUUGAAACUUAACAGUAAUACAAUUCUCAGGGAAACACUAAAUACAAUAGAAUUUAUAAUUUCUUAUCGUCCUGGCUUAAACACUGAAUAAUAAUAAAAUAAUUUCCUGCUUUAAAAAGGUUCUAAUUGUUUGAUGCGGAUGUAGUACAUGUUUUCAACACUAGUGGGCACUCUUAGUCUUUCUACCGAAGUAUAUCCCCGUCUUUCCUGCUGAGCCUAAUGCUUGCAUUGUGAUCUCAGUUGGUCUGAUUACUCCAUAAGGUCAGGUGCACUAUCACACACAUACACAUUUAGGGAAAAAUUGAAAAUAGUAAAGGAAUUGUUUUAGGUUGCAGAACAAAAAUGCACACCAUUCCGGCAAAUAACUUCUUUAGGCUUGGCAUUAUGGGUUAUACCUCUUGGUAAUUUGUUCAGGUUUUAUAUUAAUGAACA